CCCAACUCUCACAUCAACCCGUAUGUAACACGAUGACACAUCUCCUUUUCUCCCUUUCCAACAAUUGGAAAUCCCAAGCUCCGAAUUCACCACCAGCAAUUGACCAAUUCCUCGUUCCUGACUGGAUCUUCACUUCUCCACCCCCGUACCGCAAGGCUAAUGACAAGGCCUCGGCUGAAGUAACAACACCACCAAAGCUCACCACACCUCAUCUGUCCUCUUCUCCCUCCCUCCACCCCAACUCAAACAAUAACCAAAUGUCCUCCUACCAAUACGCGCAAGCAAAAGCGAAAAACGCAAAUAUGCCCGACGUUCGCCAACGCAAGGCAGCUGGCACCUCCUCUAACUCUUCUACGGGUACUACAACAGAGAAAGUAAAAGCAGAAGAUAAACCGUCGAUUUUGCUCGACGUUGCACGCACGAUUGUAUUCUUGCUUCUAGCUAGCUCUGCGAUCAGCUAUCUGGUUACGCGCGAGAGUUUCGUGUGGGGAGUCAAGAGGCCGGGAUGGAGUCGUCCGGAGGCUAUUAGGGCUUGGAUUCAAGGACCAACCCAAUACACCGACAGCGACCUGCUCUCCUACGACGGCACCGACGCCAGCAAACCCAUCCUCCUCGCCAUAAACGGCACCAUCUACGACGUCUCGGCCGGCCGCAAACACUACGGUCCGGGGGGCUCGUACCACUUCUUCGCCGGCCGCGACGCCUCGCGCGCCUUCGUCACGAACUGCUUCCAAGAGGACGGACACCCGGACAUGCGGGGCGUGGAGGAGAUGUUCAUCCCGCUCGACAACGCGGAGGUAGAUGCGUUGUAUUCGAGGGGGGAGUUGAAGGUGCUCAGGGAGCAGGAGAGGAGGAAUGCGAGGAAGGAGGUCGAUAAGGCGUUGAGGCAUUGGGUGGAUUUUUUUGCGGGGAGUGGGAAGUAUCCUAGGGUCGGGUACGUGAAGAGGGAAAAGGGGUGGGAGACGAAGGGGCUGAAGCCGACGUUGUGUAAGAGGGCGCAGGAGGGGAGGCCUACGAGUCGGAAGAGGCCUGAGGGGAAGUAGAUGUUGGGUGUGUAUGGAGACCGUUGGAAACGGUUACUCGGGAAGAAAAGCAUGGAUUCUUUGGAUUGGGGGUCUGGGCAGAUCUGUAUAUAUGGUUAGGAAAAUGGAGAAGGAUGGCUAUUAUGUAAUUAUGGGACGGACAAUGGUGUGAAGAAAGACUAUGGUUUCUAGAAUUACCAUGAAGACUUCUAUUCAUCUGAUAUUCAAACCUGACCUCUCAUGAUCUAUACAUCAAUCUAUU